AAUUUGAUUGUUAAUAUUUCGGGCGUAAACGACGCACAUAGAUAGGUCAUUCUGAAAGGAAAAUUUUUAUUCCUACUAGGUUAUUCAUCUGUGAUUUACGUUCCUAUUACUACAACAGCUUCCAAUGCCAGUGGUAUGGUAUCUUCUGGUCAGACGUCGGAUUUAUUGAACAAAAUACAAACAUGGAGCUCACCGAACUGCUCUUUAAACCUGUCUUCUAACCAUACCGAUUACAUUCAAUGUAAACAUAUCCAACCCUCAAACACUUUCCAAGAAUCAGAUCAAUUAGUUUGUGAUAGUGGAACAUCAUGCUCAGAGGCUAACAAUCAAGUAAAUGAAUCCUCUCUGAUCAACCCUACAAUAAAAAAUAAUGCGGUAAAUGCUGUUCAAGUAAUUCAACUGGGCCAAGAUCGUCUUCCAGAAGUUUCGCAAACGAACAACGACCAAGAAACGAUAGAGACAAAGUCGAUGAAGACCUUAUUAAAGCCCGAAAUACAAGUUUAUGAUUUUCCUCAUGCUAUGACGACUAACCAGUAUCUUGCAAAACCACAAAUUUCAGAGCAAGCAGAUAUUAUUAGAAGAAAUUCCCGGAUAAAGUCGCGAGUAAAUGAGACUUGUGUGUCUCAAAAUGGAGACGUCAGCAGUAGCCAAGCUAAUCAAAGUUACCCGUCUGAAGAUGUGGAAAUCUCAACAGGAACUGCAAAUGUGAGACGGAAAGUUGCCUCGACCAGAUCAGAUGAAAUACUAUAUUACAGUGAAGGCCAACAGAUUACUCCACCUUCUGGGCAAAGCACGUUUCCGCAGUCAACUAGAAAGACUCCAACUUGCUACUGGGCCUGGAGAUAUUGGACUGAAAAAGGGUAUUCUGUUCCUCCACAAACUGCUACAGCAUGUUCUUGCAAUAGCUGUUAUAGGAUCCCUUCUUUCAGAUCCUGUUUUCAAAACCGACGUUAUCAUCCCUAUCCACACCGAUUUUACUGGUCUAGUGGAACGCCUCAGGGAAAGAUUCCAGAAGCUUUUCUACCAGGAGAAAUAAAUCCUGAAGGCACCAAGGUUAUAAACACAAUGGAAAAUGGAGCUAAUAGAAUUAACCCAGUUCAAUGCAGAAGAAAUUCAUCAUUCGUAAACCGAGACACUCCUAAUACAUCUUAUUCCUUCCCUUAUUCCACGGAAAAUAAUUAUGACACUUACUGGUACAUGUAUUCACCUAUAGCCCAAGGAUCAGUACCCUCUGAAUGUACGUCUUACAAGGAUGAAAGACCUGAGGGCUACAAAUAUCAUACUUUCCAACAGUCCGAACAAGAAGGAGUUCCCAUAAACCAAGUAAACCCACAGGAUAAUAUAUCAACACCUCAACAGUACCCAGCUGUGAGUGAAUCCCUGUAUACACAACUCACUAAUGUUUAUUACUCGGGCACUGAUAUGGAUUAUCAAACAAACAACGCUACUUGGCAGGCAUCUCAAGGGAUUGAUGCUAUUGUCCAAGGAAAAAUAAUAACCGACUUCGGAAACCCAGAUGGUGCCAAUGCUGAAUAUAACACAUACAGCCGAAGGAAUAUUACAGAUGGAAGAGAUGAAGGUGAGUCAAAUUUUUCCACCUUGCCCACCAUUUCAGAAGCAAACCAUGUGCUAGAAAAUAAAGUUGAAUAUAGUGGGCAGGUUAGCAAUGAUGUCAAUGGAGCUGAUUCCACUGCCUUGCAUACACACACGUACUCUCGAAUGAUUGGUAGCAACGAGACUCAGCAACCAAUGGAUUUAUCUCUUGAUGUUGCCCCUGAGACAUUGGCUGGAAGUCAAUCUAGUCAAAACAGUCUCGUUAUUGAUGUUGAGUCGCACUCGCCGGUAACCAGAGCAGACCAAUAAUAGAACGUGUUACAUUUUGCUGAGA